CUGUUCUGUGUCAUUUCCGGUUGUAAGUAUGUGUACGAGCAUGACAUAAGUAGUUGGUUUUAUUCUGUGGGAUUUUGGUUAUGAAUAUGCAAUAAUACAGCCUGCAUAUCAGACACAACUUUGGAAAUUAGGAGAAGAAUUUAGAAGGAAAUUGUUGGAGUAUUACUUUGUUCUUUUGAAAAAAAUCAUAUAAUUUAUAGACACAAACAGGAUGCCUUCCAAUCAUUUAUCUAGAGUGCGCCUGCUCUAUAAGACAAUUAUUAGGCUUCACAAAGGUCUUCCUGAUGAAAUGAGAUAUCUGGGAGAUUCAUAUGUAAAAGAAGAAUUCAAGAGACACAAAACAGCAGAACCAGAGGUGGCAGCAAAGUUCUUGGAGGAAUGGACAAAAUAUGCAUAUGAACUUUCCAAGCAGUUGGGACCUAAAGGAAUUAAAAAGAAUGCACAGAUAGGAAAACAGUUAUCAGAGGAUAUAUUACAUACUUUUAGAGAAGAUCAACUAAAUCAGCUCUAUUAUCUGGGCCUUGAAGCCACUGGGCAGGCAGACAAUGAAGAAGACAUCAAAGAAUUAGAAAAAAAAGUUGAUGAAAUGCAAGCCCCUGACAAUGGUGAUGAUACAGAAGAGACAAAGCAGAGAUAGUAUCAAGAAGAUCUGUCUUGUAUACUAAACUCUCGAGUGAAAUAUUGGGACUUAAGUGAAAGCUCAUAACUUUCACUUAAUUUUGUGCCCAGGUCCAGGUC